GCGCCUGGGUUAAACUGCGCCUGCGCGUACAACACGACACGUCUUCCGCUUGUACGUUUUUUGUGGGCACAGUGGCUUGCCGUAGAAUUGGCGGGUACUUCCAAAAAAAAAAAAAAAAAAACGUAAACAAAGCUGAGUGAAAUGGAGGUACAAAACGUUUCAGGAGAAAAUGAAAAUGUAAAGCAAAAAGAAAACGACUCUUGCGAAGAACAGACUGAUGCGGCCGCCAGAGAAGACGUUUCGUCAGCGGGCUCCAAGGCUGAGUCUGGCAGUAAAGCAGCGGAGACGACUGCUCGGUACAACCGGCUGAAGCUGUUCGACAAAGUAAUUCAGAAAAGCCUGAACAGAUUUAUAGAACAUGCCAGUUUUAAGGUAUUUGCCAGCAUGUUUCUUCCGCUGUACAAGAACAAUGUUAAGAGGAUGGAGGAAAUUCACAAGCUGUUUACAGAUGUGCUGCAGAAAUCCAUACAGGAGGACAUCAUACAACUAAUGCAGGAAGGCAAGUUUGAGUCCAAAUUUAAUGAGCUGGACAAGCUGGAAAAUGAGGCCAAGGACAAUCCAGACCCUGCAUGGCGACCCAGUGGAGUUCCUGAGCAGGACUUCUGCAGCUUUUUGAUGCCAUACUAUCAGAAGCAAAAGGCCUACAUGAAGCUGGAGCUGAAAAGGAUUCGAGCAGAAAACGCUGCACUAGCAGAGAGGGUUGGGGCUGGCAGAAAAAGCAUUGCUCAGACUGAGCAACGAAUUUCUACAGCUGUGGAUGAGUGGAAGGCAACAGUGACCGAAUUUGAAACACUGGCCUCUUCCCUUUGCCCAGCUCAUGUGUUUGAUGAGUGACUCUUUUUUUGUAUUAUUUUGUUUCACAUGCUAUUUAAAAUGUAUGUAUAUAUAUAUGUGUGUGUGUGUGUGUGUUUGCCGUUUGAAAAUAAACGAAACAUUACAAGUCA